AUGGCGGCAACGCGGUCUUUGUUGCGCUUGGGAAGCGGUCGGUCUCUCGGCGCUGCUUCAAGAUCAGCAGUAUGCGUUCGUACCUUUUCUUCGACUCAAUUUCGCCAACUCGAUAAGGAGGAUCCUGUUCCAAAUAUGAGACACGCAGCACGUCCUCCCCAAGGAGAGCUCCGUGCUCCCGUGGUCAACCCUGCCGACAAGUACAAAGAUCAGGCCGACGCCAUGCACAAAUACGGCCAAUACAUCAUGUCCUGCCUUCCCAAAUACGUCCAGCAGUUUUCGGUUUGGAAGGACGAGCUUACUAUUUUUGUUCCUCCCUCCGGCUUGGUCCCUGUCAUGACAUUCCUCAAGUACCACACUGCCGCCGAGUUCACACAAAUUUCCGACAUAACUGCGGUCGACUAUCCUACCCGCGACCAACGAUUCGAGGUUGUUUACAACCUGCUCAGCGUCCGCCAUAACUCUCGUAUCCGCGUCAAAACGUAUUGCGACGAGGCUCAACCCGUUCCUAGUAUGACCAGUCUAUAUGACGGAGCCUUGUGGUACGAACGUGAAGUUUACGACAUGUUCGGCGUUUUCUUCUCCGGCCACCCCGAUCUUCGCCGUAUGCUGACUGACUACGGCUUUGAUGGGCAUCCUCUCCGCAAGGACUUCCCGUUAACCGGUUAUACCGAGAUCCGAUACGAUGAGGAGAAGAAGCGCAUUGUGUACGAGCCUCUUGAGCUUACUCAGGCAUUCCGUAACUUUGAGGGAGGCACCUCUUCCUGGGAACAGGUUGGCAGUGGAACAGACCGUGCUCCAGACACUUUUAAACUUCCUACUCCCAAGCCAGAGGAGAAGCCAGCAGAAAAGAAGUAG